AUGGAUUCUCUCCGGCGACAUGACAGUCCAAAAGGUAAACGACGACAGAGACAAGUUCUUGUUCGAAUUCAGACAGAGAAAGACAAAAGGGAAGUUCUAAAAAAAGGACCCUUCUACGUCAAUGGAGUUCUCAUAGUGAUCAAAGAUCCAGAUUCUUCAGAUGACACGAUUGAUUUCACUUUUGUUCGGUUCCAUGCCACAGUCAUGGGUUUCUCACCAUAUCUUUACAACAAAUUUUCUCUCUCCAAACUCAAAACUCUUAUGGGCGAAAACUGUCCCGUUUUAGUAACUGAUGACGAAGAAAAAGACCUUGGAUUCUUUGCCCAAGAACUUGAUCUCAAGAAGCCACUCAAUCCAGGAUUCUACAUAGCAGAAAAUAAAUUUGUGCAGUUUAAAUACAUAAACUUGGGAGAUUUCUGUUACAACUGCGGAAUGAUUGGUCACAAGAGAAGUCGUGACGAGUUUAGGUUCCCUGAAGAACGUGACUUCAACGCCACGUCAAGAACAAACGUCUAUGGCCCUUGGUUAAGAUAUUAUCCUAAGAAAACGUCUCACGAAAUGGUUUUGAAGAAAUCAGUACCGGAGAAUCAGAUUUCUGUUCUUGAGUGCGAGAAGACUCUCUCGUAUGCUCAAUUCUUUAUAGAGAUUGAGUUUAAGGAGGUCUAUGUUUGUAACCCUAGAUCUGCGAGGAUAACAAAGCCUACUCACAAAUUUCGUUUCUCCUGUUCUUACCUCGAUACAACAGACUCUACAAGUACUACUAGUUCGAAAGCUUACGAGGUUAUACGGAGGGAGAUCUACGAGAAUACGCCUUUCUCACUUAGUGAAUUUGAAGACAAACCUGAAGUUAUUGGCAAUCUUGUGGAGCGAAUGAGACUCAUGAGGAAGAAUGAGUUUUCUUGUGACGAUAAGUGGCUGACUCUUAAGCUUCAAAUCAACGAAAUAUGUAAGCUAAGGCUUGUCGAUUACGAGACAGUACUCGAGCGUUGUCGGUGUCCGAAAUUGAUUGAGAGUAAGAUCUUGGAUUUGAUCAAGAAAAGAGUGGAGGAGAAAGAGAACUUGAUCUGUUUGUCUAUCUGGGAAGAUCAAAUCAGACAAUUGAUAGAGGAGGUGGGUUGCACUCAUUAUACACAUCUCCUUGAUGUGUCUAGAAGAGCGAAUAAGGCGAUAAAGGAGGCGGUCCAGAUGGAGCUUUCAUCAAGUAGAUGUCCGAUACGUGCAGAUAGAUCAGCGGUUUCCAUAUUAGAGCGUUAUAAAGUGCUUGGACCCGACAUGGACCGGCUCGAUCCGUGUAUGAUUUGCGUUGGAGAGAUGUUUCUUGGGGAAGAAGCAAUCGUUUUGCCUUGCUCGCAUGUCUUUCACAGCUUGUGUAUUGAAAAGUGGCUUCAAGUUGGUCACAAGUUACCGACACAAAAAUAA